CAACCUUUCUUAAGGGACACAUUCCUUUCGACUUUUUUUGUUUCUUUCUUUUUGUCUUUUUCGUUGCACAUGCCAUUGGUACCUAAUUAUAGGUAAUACGAGGACUCUAGGCGUCAAUAAAACCACAAAACCAGCCAUAUUUCAUGAUCCCGAUCGCUCCUCUCUUUAUUUCUUAUAACUCAGGCCUCCUGGCCGUACCGCUCUCUAAAUAUGCACCACCACGGCAGCUUUCAUUUCAGCGAGAUCAUCAAUCAACUCAUCUCCGACAUUGCACCGUUCUCCGGCCUCAUCCUAACAAUAACCGCUUGCGUCCUCGCCAUCAUCCGCCUCUACCUCCUCGACCUUGUCAUCGUCCCUAAAGCCUACUCACCCCAAAUCCUUCAGUCUCUCAGUAACGGCCAACGUCGCAGCUUCGUUAACCACCACGUCGCCGCAGGCACCAAAAUCCUCCUCCUCAUUGUAACGGCCUACCCCUUACUCGCGAUUUUCACCGGCCAUGCAACACCACACACACAUUUCGUUAAGGGCUCGUCAACGACCCUCGGAGAUGUCAUGAUCGUCUCUUCUCAGAUCUUCACCGUCAUGUAUAUCUUCGAGCUCUUCUACCGCGACAAGGUCUCUCCGAUUAGCUGUGCCCAUCAUGUUGGCGCGAUUAUUAUUGCGCAGGCAGCUGUGGCGAUGAGUAUCAAUUUCGAUCAUGAAAGCGAUGCUGUGUUCGAGUUUCUUCUUUGUUUCGUCUGGGGAGCCUUUGACGUAUUCGCCGAACUCUGGCCUCAUAUCGCUAUGAUCAUCUACCGCAUCCACAACUCUAACCACCUGCUGCUCUCCCGAAUCCUAUACACGACCAUGGCCCUCGAGCUCCUCGGAACCAUAAUUGAAACAGUGAUUGUCAUGUGGUUGUUUGGAAGCCUUUGGGACAAAUGGACGCUAUCACUCAAAGUCGCGACACCGAUUCUGCAUGUGCUUUUCUCUGCGGCGCAACUCUGGGGGGCGUUGAUUUUUUACAAGAUGGGUAAGGAGCAGCAGUUGAAAUACGAAAAGGAUACAAUGGUUAGUCCAGGGGAGGAAUGUUAAGAACAAUCACGACUUGCCAUUAUUCCAUAUAGCGAGGUAAUAAGUCCUGACGGUUCACCACUCAAGAGAUUGAUGGGGCCUGGCUAGGCAGUUGAUGACCUACACAAAGAGCGGAGUGAAGAAUUAUGAUUGAGCCUUCAUGGCAGAAUAUCUUCUUAUGUGCACACAAAGUUAAUGAGAGGGAUAUUCGAGAAUCAAUACAGCUUUUUUAAAAUAUCAACUUCGCCACGUUAAGCCUACAAGUCUUGAGUGCAAGUAA